ACAUGAUCAGGGCCAAGAAAUCCACCGUCUUGACGCUUGCUGAGAAGUGCAAGAAUGUACUGGCUUCUAACUGGCAAGGUCAUCUCCAUACAAUCAAAGCAGAUGCAAAAGGAAGCAAGGAGGAUGUAUACAGUUCAAAGGUGAAGUAUAUAAUGAAGAAAGGAAGGCCAUUCAUAUGGGUACAAGACUAAGAUAUGCACAACAUGAAUACCAUCAUUGAUGAGCGUAGCUCAUUCUCUGUUGCUAGUCCCUUCCCAGGGCCCUUGGCAAAUUUACUGAAAUUGACAGAUAAGUUACCAGCACGGAUCGCUCUAACUGGGGAC